AUGACAAUUGUCAAGGACACGUGGAUUCCCAAAAGUGUUAUGUUGAUACUUACAGCUACAUAUUGCGGAAGUUUUGGAUGUUUUUUGGCAUUUUUCGGAAUACUUUUCAUUUAUAGAUACUAUGUGAUUAGUGGGAAUCCGAAUAUAAAGUAUUUCGACUCUUGGAAUAUGAUAUUCUGGAUUAUUAUCACACUACUCUGUGGCAGUAUUUGGGGUGCAAUUGGGUUUUUCACGUUUAGUCAGAAUUCAGAAAUCGAUGAAUUCAUUCGACAAGAUUUGUACACGGAGCUGAAUUUAUUUCCAGAAGACAUUACAUAUCUUGCGCCUCACUUCUACUUGAAAGAUAAAAAUGGAGAGAAAAUGUUGAAUUGGAAGUCUAUUGCUGGGAUGAAUGGAGUCAGUCUUAUUGUGGGUGUCACAUGUUUCUUCAUAAUUCGCUAUGGAUUAAAAACAUACAAAUGUAUCAAACAUUUUUCAACGAUUCAAAAAUUUUCGGAUCGAUCGAAGAUGAUUCAGAAGCAACUGUUUUAUGCUCUUGUUAUUCAAUCAUCGAUUCCAUUUCUGUUUCUUCAACUUCCGUUAACUAUUCUAUUCAUUUGUGGAGUUUUGGAUAUUCAUUUGGGUCAACUGGGAGGAAUCGAUACAUUUAGUAUUUCCUUGUUUCCAGUUUUCGAUCCACUUCCAACUAUUUUUGUGAUUCGAGCAUACCGAGUGGCUGUCCUUGGAUGUUUCACAAAGUGUCGAUUGCCUGAUAAAAGUCAACAAACUUCCCAAAUUCCCAUUUGA